CUUGUGGAGUGGCAUCAGUGGUCAUUCUGGUGAAGACAAGAUCAGUGUCAAGUUCAAACGCAGCUCUAGCGGUUCUUCUUCAUUUCUCUAGCGGUUUGUUGUUAGAUUUCCUUCCUCUAACACUUAUCUCUACGGGUUUGGUGAUAUCAACUUCUUGACAAGUUGCAAUAGUUGACCAGGAAACUCGAUAGUCGACAAUGUUGAUCGACAUUCGAUUAGUCGACUUUCGAUCAAUUUCACCACCAAUAAUCACACUUGUAAUUUGUUUGCUGGGAUUUCUGCAACCAGUUCAACCACAGAACCAGUGGUACCAGGAAGAAGAUAUACCCUACUACGUUCACCCAUGUAGCAAACAUGACCCCAACAUCAACCAAUGCUUCACGCAUGCUGCUAAUCAUUUGGCCAGGCAUUUUCAGAAAGGCAUCCCAGAGCUGGGCGUUGAAAAUGUAGAACCAAUUAACAUAGACGAAAUUUUCCUUGCAUUGGGGAAUGGGCCUGAUGGCUAUAGAGCAACAUUCAGAGAUGUAGAAGCUUAUGGAGUUAGUAAUCUCACAAUUACUGGAGUAAGGUCUGACUUGAACUCACUACAAUUCCAACUGAGUGUGUACAUACCUCGCAUAACCGCUAGAGCGCACUACCGCAGCUCAGGUGUCCUUAUAAUGGUGCAAGCCACAGGUGGUGGAGAUUACUGGGGUGAUUAUGAGGGUGUGAAAGCCAAGAUAUACUUCAGAGCAAGUGUUGAAGACGAUGAGGGAGUCAAAUAUUUAAAAUUAGAGGAUUUGAAAAUGGAUUUCAGUGUGAGAGACAUAAAAAUGGGCAUUCAAAACGUGCAUAACGGGAAUACCGUAUUGGAGGCAGCUCUCAAUCUAUUCAUCAACUCCAACGCUCAGGAUCUUCUGAGAGAAAUGAAACCCUCCAUUAAGAAAAAGCUGCUUGUCAACAUGCACAAUUUCAUUGAUAACUUAUUUGCACAGAUACCUUACAGCCAUUUUAUAACCGAAUAAACUUGUUCAAUAAAAAUAUUUAUCAUAAAUCAA